GGGCCGCUUGAAUCUGCUUUGUUUUCUCCCAAAUUUGCCCUAAACCAGGACAGGGUGGUGGGGAGAGGGGGGAGCCCCAAGUGUCUGGAUUGGAGGGAGGCUGGAGAGGGGGACCCUCGUACCCCAAAACCCCCCAGCAUCCCUAAGCAGGACCCUGGAGAAGGGGGAUCCCCAGGACCCAUGGGAUCCCCUGCAGCCCUGAGAUGGGGGAGCACCAGAACCCCAGAGGGAUGAGACUGGACAUGGGACACUCCUGGUGGCUUUUUUUGAUUCACUCUUCAUUUUUGGAGGUUUUUAUGGACACCUGGAGACUUCUGGAGAUGGAUUUGGGCAGGAGGAAUCCCCAACCCAAGGCAUUCACACCUUGUUUUUCCCCCAAAACCAGGACUUGCCAUUCCCAAACUUUGGCUGGAUGGAGGAGGAGGCUGUGAGGAAGAGGAAGAUGCCCUGGGACAGCCAGGCAGAGCAGGAGCUGAGGAUGGAGAGCAGGGAGGACAAAUCCCCGCGGCAGAACCUCGUGGAAGAGGCCGUUUUGAGCGUCUCCACGGCGCAGGAACCCAACGGGGAGGAAAAGCCCCGGAGAUGCCGCACGAGGAGGGGCUGCAAACGCAGAUCACGGGGAUCUGAGGAGGAAAGACCCAGCCUGGGCUGGGGAGGCGGCCGGAGAUGGAGCCAGAGCUCGGAGCUGGUGGUCCAUGAGCAGCUCCAGGAUGGGGAGAAGCCCCACAAGUGCUUGGUGUGUGGGAAGAGCUUCAGGAAGAGUUUCAAUCUGCUCUGCCACCAGAAGAUCCACACUGGGGAACGACCCUACGAGUGUUUGGAAUGUGGGAAGGGCUUCAGCCACAGGUCCGACCUGAUUGUCCACCAGAGGUUCCACACCGGGGAGAGGCCCUACGAGUGUCCCGAGUGUGGGACGAGGUUUCUCACCAGCUCCCAUCUCCUUGUACAUCAGCGGAUUCACACCGAGGAGAGGCCCUUCUGCUGCCCCGACUGCGGGAUGGGCUUCAAGCACAACUCCACCCUCGUCACCCACCGGCGCAUCCACACCAGGGAGAGGCCCUACGAGUGUCCCCAGUGUGGGAAGAGCUUCUCAGACCGCUCGUUCUUUACCCGACACCAACGGAGGCACCGCUGAGGGAAGC